GCGGUGCGGGUAUCGGAUGUGACGUUUCCGGAAGCUUCGGGUGUCGUCCGCGGGAAAAGAACUUGGUCCUGAUGACUGACCAUGGAGAUGUGAGCCUCCCACCCGAAGACCGGGUGAGGGCACUCUCCCUCAUGGGUAGUGCAGUGGAAGUAAAUGAAGACAUUCCACCCCGUCGGUACUUCCGCUCUGGAAUGGAGAUUAUCCGCAUGGCAUCCAUUUACUCGGAGGAAGGCAACAUUGAACAUGCCUUCAUCCUCUAUAACAAGUAUAUCACGCUCUUUAUUGAGAAACUACCAAAGCAUCGAGAUUACAAAUCUGCUGUCAUUCCAGAAAAGAAAGACACAGUAAAGAAAUUAAAGGAGAUUGCAUUUCCUAAAGCAGAAGAGCUAAAGGCAGAACUGUUAAAACGAUAUACCAAAGAAUAUGCAGAAUAUAAUGAAGAAAAGAAGAAGGAAGCAGAAGAAUUUGCCCGGAACAUGGCCAUCCAGCAGGAGCUGGAAAAAGAAAAACAAAGGAUAGCCCAACAGAAGCAGCAGCAGUUGGAGCAGGAACAGUUCCAUGCCUUCGAGGAGAUGAUUAGGAACCAAGAGCUAGAAAAAGAGCGACUGAAAAUUGUACAGGAAUUUGGGAAGGUGGACCCUGGCCUAGGUGGCCCACUGGUGCCUGACUUGGAGAAACCCUCUCCAGAGACAUUCCCCGUGGUGCACGCCUCAUCCGUACAGCCUUCAGACAAUACUACAACUGUGAGGCCGAUCAAGCCACCUGUGGUGGACAGAUCUUUGAAACCUGGAGCAUUGAGCAACUCAGAAAGUAUUCCUACAAUUGAUGGACUGCGCCAUGUGGUUGUGCCUGAGAGGCUCUGCCCUCAGUUUCUCCAGUUAGCUAGUGCCAACACUGCCCGUGGAGUGGAGACCUGUGGCAUUCUCUGUGGAAAACUGAUGAGGAAUGAAUUUACCAUUACCCACGUCCUCAUCCCCAAGCAAAGUGGUGGAUCUGACUAUUGUAACACCGAAAAUGAAGAAGAACUUUUCCUCAUACAGGAUCAACAGGGCCUCAUCACACUGGGCUGGAUUCAUACUCAUCCCACACAGACUGCCUUUCUCUCCAGUGUUGACCUGCACACUCACUGCUCCUACCAGAUGAUGUUGCCAGAGUCCAUAGCCAUUGUUUGUUCCCCCAAGUUUCACGAAACUGGUUUCUUUAAACUAACUGACCAUGGACUAGAGGAGAUUUCUUCCUGUCGCCAGAAAGGAUUUCAUCCACACAGCAAGGAUCCACCUCUUUUCUGUAGCUGCAGCCACGUGACUGUUGUGGAGAGAGCAGUGACCAUCACAGACCUUCGAUGAGAGUUUGACUCCAAGAACUAUAAAACCAUAUCAGUGUACUGUAGCCCCUUAACUUAAACAUUCCAGAGAGCUCUGGAAACUUUUUUACACAGACUAGAAAGUGAGUAUCACCCUGGGGGAGUACUGAUUUUUCUGUUUCUGGUUUAAAAAGAAAUAAUUGAAUAUAUUUUUUAGGCAAGUCUCAGAAAUAGCAUCAUCACACUACAGUAACUUUUCAAGUGUGCCUAUAAUUAAAAAAAUAAAUUGAAAGAGUGGUAUAAGUGAACACUCUUAACCCUCCAUUCUAGAAUCACCUGUGUUAACAUGUUUUUCCUCUCAGCUGUCCUAAUUUCUCUCCCAACUUGUUUGUUUACCUUUGAACUAAGUAAGGGAAUCUAUGCAGAAAUUUGGAAGCCAUUUAGAAAAUCUUUGGGUUUUCCUGUGGUUGAUGCCAAUAUUAAUGUAGCUUAUUUAUUACAAGGGUGAGGAACACUUAUAUCUAACCAGAAGGCAACACUUGAAAACCCUGAAGAAUGAGCUUGUCAGGAAUUAUUAUUUAACAAAUCUUUUAAGAUAUUUUUUCUUCUACAAUAAAAUUUAAAGUAACUUA